ACAAUUUGUAAACAAACCAUUUGAACCGAGAUAGGAAGUAAAUCGAGUUUUGAUCAAGAAAAAGGGUUGACGUUUCAUAGGAAUUUCUUGACAGAAAGGAGACAGUUUAUACCGAUGAAUCAAGGCUACAGUUAUGGCGGAAUGCCAGUGCCGUAUCGAAAUCAAACAGCCAGUCAAUCUUACAACGUUGGCUUCAAUGGUUUGAAUAGCACUGGCAAUUUUAACAACCGUUCUCAAAUGGAAAAUGUCAUGUACGCGAUUAGUAAUCAAUUGGAUCAACUAGAUCAGGCGGAAUUACAGGAGUUACACGACAAGGAGGAGAAACUGCAUCAAUUUUUAAAUGAAAAUAACGAGGUUAAGAAAAUCCAAACAGAACGUGAAAUGAACACAAUGAGCAAUCGUAGUUUGGCUGAGUACAAUCUUAGGCAGGGAGAACGUCUCGCUGAAUGCAAGUCAAGAUUGGUUCAUUUAUAUGAGGAGCUCAAUAAGCAAACUAAAAUUUUUGAUGAAAAUAAAAGUAACCUAGAGACACUGUCUGAACACUAUAACCCGGAUACAUUAUUGGCCUUGCUUCAAACAUCAGUUGCCCAGCUGGAAGAACAUUCUGAGGAGAUAGCUGAAAAAUUUCUCGAAGGAGACGUUGCAAUUGAAGAUUUCUUGGAAAAAUAUGGAGAAGAGAGACAAAUGGUUCACAUUAAACGCACCAAAGUGGACAAAUUGAGGGAACUAAUAAGAAAUAGUAAUACGUCAUUGUAAAAUUAAAAGAUAAAUGAGUAUUGCUUUGUAUCUGUUAGAACUAGUUCAAUACUUCAGACCAACCUGGAUCGUAUACAACUAAUUCAAAUGUAAUUCAACACUUGUAUUGUAUUAUAUGCUCAAAAAUA